AUUUACAGUAUGACUUCCCUCUUCUGAAACAAUGGGACUCAGUGCUGCUGUUUUCAUUCUGGUGGCAGCUAAUGCCUGUUUCCAUCAGGUAACAUGUGCACCAGAGGAUCAACAUAACGGAGCCCCAGGAUUCAACAAUGGCAUCUGUGCUGAGAGGUAUUAUGCCCUCUGGAGGGAGGUGUGCUGCGAGGAUGGCACUGUGCUGAGACCUGGAGAUCCAAACAUGCGGUGCUGUGGACAGCAGACGUUCGACCCCAGGUUCAGCUCCUGCUGCAAAGGGCACCUGCACCAGGAGGCGGGGCUUUCCUGCUGCAAUGGCACCGCCUACAGCCCCUUAAAUUCCACCUGCUGUCUGGGUGCCGUGACAACAGGCGUUAGUGAAAUGGUGUCAGAUUGCUGUGAAACAAGGGCAUUCAACCCUGUCACUCAGGUCUGCUGUGAGUCCCGCAUACACCAACGCUGGCCAGAUUUCGACUGCUGUGGGAAAGAGCGCUUCAAUACGACUACGCAUCUGUGCUGUGGCAAAGACUUGGAUACGAUCGUUGUAAAGCCGUCUGCGCACCAUUCAUGUUGUGGAAAAGAAUCUUUUAACAAGACUACCCACUGCUGCACAGCUGAUACCCUGGAGAUACUGCCCCUGAACCACAAAAAUUGCACCACCCAUGAACGGCCACCUGCCUCAGUGUGCCUCAAUACGACUACGCAUCUGUGCUGUGGCAAAGACUUGGAUACGAUCAUUAUAAAGCCGUCUGCGCGCCAUUUAUGUUGUGGAAAAGAAUCUUUUGACAAGACUACCCACUGCUGCACAGCUGAUACCCUGAAGAUACUGCCCCUGAACGACAAAAAUUGCACCACCCAUGAACAUGCCUCAGGUUGGUUUUUCGAGAUUCAAAUACAGCCUGUGAAAUGUUGUCCACUCAGCCAAGUGUUUAUAACCAAAACCAAACCUAACUGAAGCAAGGAUGCCAUGAAGAUAUAGAGUAUGUAGAAAUGUUUGUUUCAGAUCCUUCCACAGCAUUACUAUUGGGUUCCAGUCAGGACUUUGACUAGGCCACUCCAAAACUUUAAUUUUGUUACUUUUUCAGUCAUUCAGAUGUUUUACUUGCUUUUGUGUUUCCGAUCGUUGUCUCGCUGCAUAAACCAACUACACUUUAGCUUCAGCUCACGCUCAGACGACUGGACAUUCUCCUUAAGAAUUUUCAGGUUCAGAGCAGAAUUUAUGGUUCUUUCUAUAA